AGAUUUUUUUUAAUUCCAAAAAACGCCUAUUUUUUUUUUAGGGCCACAGCCAUUUGACCUUGACUUUUCGCUUUGCGGCUCACAAAAAGUAAACAAACAUGGCAGCUGUUCAAGACUUUGGAAAUCGAGGGAAUGGCAUAGAUCGCGUCCCAAGACCAUUUGUUAUCGGUGUUGCUGGUGGCACUGCAUCAGGAAAGUCAACAGUAUGUGAGAAGAUAAUGCAGCAGCUAGGACAGACAGAUGUAGAUCGCCGGCAGCGACAAGUGGCAAUCAUUGGACAAGAUUCUUUUUAUAGGGUACUCAAUGAUGCAGAGAAAGAGCAGGCAGCUAAAGGACAGUUUAACUUUGAUCAUCCAGAGGCUUAUGAUUUUGACUUCAUGUAUGAAACUAUGCAGAAAGUGGUGCAAGGAAAAACAGUGGAAGUGCCAUCCUACGAUUAUGUUACAAACUCCAGGAGAAGUAAUAAUCUUGCAAUUUAUCCAGCUGAUGUUGUGCUGUUAGAAGGAAUUCUUGUAUUCUACUGGCCGGAGUUAAGGAACAUGUUUCAUAUGAAGCUGUUUGUAGAUACAGACCCUGAUACUAGGCUUAGCAGGAGAGUUCUGAGAGACACCAAAGAGAGAUGCCGUGACUUGGAUCAGACUUUAAAUCAAUACACAAACCUAGUUAAACCAGCAUUUGAGGAAUUUUGUCUUCCAACCAAAAAGUAUGCAGAUGUUAUUAUCCCAAGAGGGGCAGAUAAUACAGUUGCAAUUGACUUGAUAGUUCAACAUAUACAAGAGCUGCUGCGUCCGCAACCGCGUGAAACACCUAGACGAUCACGGCAUAAUUCUGAUUCAUUUGUUGGGAGACCACACUAGCAGUAUUGUGUACAUCUGUAGAAGCUAGAAAUAUUGACUCUGUCAAAGUGCAAUCUUCUUGAAAUAUUUUGGACAGUCUGAUGUAAUGUCUAUCCAGUACGUGUAUUUUUAUGACCCUACUGUUAGAAACCUGUGGGGCAUAUAGUGUUUGCACUGUCAUUCGUUGAUCACUCUUGCUUACCGGUACUCAACUCCUGCCUCAUUUUUUAUCCAAUUCAAAUGAAACUUGAUAUACAUAAUCAACAUGAAGUGGACAUGGGUAUAUUAUUUCUUAAGUUAUGCUCAAUAAUUUAAGACUAAGCUGUAUAACAACUAUUCUGUACAUAAUUUACUCAACUCGUGAAGUUGCCAUCCAAUUCCAGUGGAACUUGGUAUCCAUGCAUAUAUUACUUGGAAUUUCAUAUCAGAUUUUUUCAUCUGUUGACUCCUUUUUUUGGCUUUAUGUUUUAUUCCAUCAAGGAAUUUCAGGGGGCAUGUGUCAUAGUGUUGAAAUCAUUUUUGUUUAUGUUACUGUUAUUUUGUAGUUUUGUAACAUAAGAUAUAGUAGACACAUGAUAGACUGGUGUCACUUAUCUUCAGAUUCAAGCCUUUACUCACCUGUUUAACCAUUAUCAUGCUGGACACGAUUGAUUCUGCCUUUGCGACCAGUGUAGAUCAUGAUCAGCCUGCACAUCCAUGCAGUCUUACAAAAAUCUGCACUGUUCGCCAUUCAGUCAGCACCCUUUUUAACAGCUAAUAGUAAUGUUCAGAUUGAAAAAUGGAUAAGUUCAUUAUAGAAAUUUAGCAAGGUAAGGGUUAAUUUGUUAUAAGUCUAAUGGCAGUUAUUAUGUAUUUCACAACAUGUUACUUUUGAUCCUGCAAUAAGUUUUAAAGUACCAGAGAGUUUUUCUUGCAGCCUGGUAGAUAAAUAGUAGACAAUAUGGAGUACAUGCAGUAAAAUCUAUAAGUAAAUCCUAAGAUAGAAGUGCCUGUUUGAUUAGUUUGUUAAUGAGAGGUAAUGUUAUGCACAUGCCCCUUAUAACACUGUAAGUGGAACUGAAAAUGUUCUAUUUCCUUUUGUUACAAAAGUCAUACAUUAAAUAGAUUCCAAAUGACCAGCAAAUACUUCAGCAGUAGUUCUAAGUUUGAGCAGACUUCUUAUGACCCUUGUGUUGCAAUAAGAUAAUUCUCGUUGGCAAGGAAAUACCUUUUUAAGAAUAAUAUGUACACCCACAUUGACAAUGACAAACACCUUGUGUAAAUAAAUAAUGGAAAUACCCUACUAAUUUCUAUGUAUAUAUAAAUGUCAUUUAUAUAAAAUCAUACAUUGCCUAUAAACAUAAGUUUGAUUUAAUCACUUUAUUGGUUGGUUCGGGGUAGGGCAGGUGUUUGAAUGUAAAAACCUAUAUAUAUGAAAACAAAACUAGAUUUCUUGCUACAUUAAUGGAGGAAGGAGAUUAAUAGCAUGCUUUACAUCCAUCAUUGGUGUUAUACAAGGCAAAGGACAAAAAAUUGUCAUUAAUAACAGUGUCAGGGGUUGUGCUAGUUAUACAGUUUGUAAGAGUGGUUUGGGUGUAUUUUUGUGGAUAUUGCUUCUGUGUCUGAGUCAGUAAAUGAUCUAUUGUAUGCAAUUUGUAUAGAAACCCAAUUUUAUGUAUAUAUAGACUCAUUAUGAGAUGCUCCAUUGUAAGUAUUAUAUCAUGUUGAUGAACUGAUAUACUGAGUCAUUUUUGUUGUUGUUUUUUGUUGUGUAUUUUGUUAUUUACUGCCCAUUCUAUAUAUGCUGGGUAUGAUUAUUUGUAAGGCAGCUUAGAUGACAGUAGCUACUGGUUAGUUGCUUGUUGUUGUUUGCCAUUUAUACCUUGUAGUGAUAAGGUAUAUUUCUUUUUGUAAUUUAAAAUGAAUAUAAACACAAUUUUUAACCAAUGAGAAAUUAAGUUAAAACUUGUAUUUAUUUACUCUAGGAAGGACUGAGGUGUGGUCAUUUGCACCUGUUGAUUUUUCGGUUGGUUCUUUGUUAAAUUUGAUUGGUUUAGGUGAAAUAUUUUGGCACAUAGUAAGAUGACAGCCUUUGUUCAUUGGUAAAUUUUUUGAAUAAAAUGCUUUCUUAUUGAAAGAAUGCCCAUAUGUAGGGGAUAUAAUCUGUAACAAGUAAGAAGGAAACUAUCAACACUGGGCUCCAAAAGCCUGUUGUUAAUGCAGUAAACAAUUCUGAAAUUGCAUUAAACAUUCAAAUAGAUUGUUAAUAUUUCAUGCAACUUCAUGCACAAUGAAAUGCAAAUAGAAUGCAUUAUAGAAACAUGUUCCAUUACAGAUUGAAACAGAAUGCAUUCAAAUACAGAUUUAAGUGGGGCACAUCCCUGAAUGACUUUAUACAGUAUGUAUCCAAUUUAAUAGACUGCAUUCCUGACAUCAAGCCAUUUGGCUUUGGCACCAAGUCAAGAGAUCCAUUGUUGUUUAUGUAACUUGGGUGCAAGCUGUAUUUACAGUUAUUUCUUGUAAAGACAUUUCUGCAAAGUAUUCUAGACUUUUUGUAUGACACAUUAAGGAAAAGGUAACAUAAUUAUGUAAAGACCAUUUUGUGUAAAUAAAAAUCUCAAAUAUUAUAAAAUGCAUAUUAAAUGUUUUUCAGCAUUAUUUAAGGCUUUGACAGGCAGCUACCUUCUGCAAGCCAGCUGGAUGGCUUCUUCAAACAAAAUACCUCUAUACCUCACCUGAAAUAAUGCUUAGAGGAACACCUGGGGUCUUCUUCCACCAAUAAAAGUUGUAAAGUCAGCAGUUAGCAUAUAACCUUAAAAUACAUUGAUGUGACGUUACAUCUUUCAAAAAAGUUAAACCAACGCCGCCCCCCCCCACUUCCAUUGCCCAGGAAUUAAGUGGGCAUACAUAUGUUACCUUUUCUUGACAUGUAGUACAGUAUACCAUUUAAGUCGAAAUGGUUAUCUUAAUUAAAUUCUUGAGAUUCUCAUUAUUUUAGAGUUUGAAUCCAAUUAUUUUUAAGAAAUAUUCACUACAAUACAGUUAUCUAUUCACGGUGAUGUAUGAUACCAGUUAAAAGUUAAAAUGAACUAACUGUAUGGCUAAAACCUGGCGAUAAGUCGUUUUGUUGUAAUAUCAAUUUACAAGGUAAAUGCAGAAGAGAUUUGUCUUGUUUAAAUAUAAUAUGUGUGAUCUGGUACAAAUAACAUUACCUUUAAAUUUCGGCUGAAGUAGUGGAUCUGAAUUUAUAUUAUUAGACUUAAAACAUUUUGUCAUGGUGUCAUGUAAUCUGAUUAAAUUCUCGAUCUUUUCGUACACUCGUGCGUAGCGUCAUUGAGAAGAUGAUUUUAAUCAGAUUGGGUGUCAUACAGCGUGCAUGUAUUUGACAAUUUUAUUUUCACAGUCAGAUAAGCUCUCCCAGCAAUAAUCUAAUUUUUAAGUGACUUGAUAGGUAGGACUAUCUACAUGAGGGGCGAAAUGAAAAUUAAAUAUGAAGUUGCAGUAAAACUUAAACAGCUUGCUUAAGAAUGAUCAUUUCAAGACUUUAGUAUUGUAUGUAGUCUUAAAUGUUAUAAAUAAACACUCAGAGUUUUUAUACGCCCGAAGGGACGUAUUAUGUUAUACCUCCGGUGUCCGUCUGUCUGUCCGUCCGUCCGUCCGCCCGUUAGCAAUUUCGUGUCCGCUCUGUAACUCUUGAACCCCUUGAAGGAUUUCAAAGAAACUUGACACAAAUGUUCACCACACUGAGACGAUGUGCAGAGCGUAUGUUUUGGAUGUCUCACUUCAAGGUCAAGUUCACACUUAGGGUUCAAAUGUCAUAUGAGUGUGUUUCGUGUCAGCUCUGUAACUCUUGAACUGCUUGAAGGAUUUCAAAGAAACUUGGCACAAAUGUUCACCACACUGAGACGAUGUGCAGAGCGGAUGUUUUGGAUGUCUCACUUUAAGGUCAAGGUCACAGGGUUCAAAGGUCAUAUGAGUGUGUUUCGUGUCCGCUCUGUAACUUUUGAACUGCAUGAAGGAUUUCGAAGAAACUUGGCACAAAUGUUCACCACACUGAGACGACGUGCAGAGGGCUUGUUUCGGAUGACUAGAUUCAAGGUCAAGGUCACACUUAGGAGUCAAAAGGUCAUAUAUGACUUUGCUGUGUCCGCUCUCUUGAACUGCUUGAAUGAUUUCAAAGGAAUUUGGCACAAAUGUUCACCACACUGAGGCAACAUGCAGAGCGCACGUACUGGAUGACUCACCUCAAGGUCAAGGUCACACUUAGGGGUCAAAGGUCAUAUAUGACUGCUUUGUGUAUACUGCUCUGCAUUGAAGUGCUCUUGUUUAUCCCCCCACCAAAGGUGAAGGGGAUAUUAGAAAUGCUCUCCGUCCGUCUGUCCGUCCGUCCGUCCGUGCGUGCGUCCGCAACGAUCUUUGUCCGGACCAUAACUCCAAAAGUACUUGAGGGAUUUUCUUCAAACUUCAUACACUGAUAGAACACAUUGGGAGGAAGUGCAGUGUGCAAGAACAAUAACUCUACCUUGCCUAUUUUUUGAGUUAUUCCCCUUUAUCUUAUUUUCUUAAAAAAUUUUGUCCGGAGCAUAACUCCAAAAGUACUGGAGGGAUUUUCUUCAAACUUCAUACACUGAUAGAACACAUUGGGAGGAAGUGUAGUGUGCAAGAACAAUAACUCUACCUUGCCUAUUUUUUGAGUUAUUCCCCUUUAUCAUAUUUUCUUAAAACAUUUUGUCCGGAGCAUAACCCCAAAAGUACUGGAGGGAUUUUCUUCAAACUUCAUACACUGAUAGAACACAUUGGGAGGAAGUGCAGUGUGCAAGAACAAUAACUCUACCUUGCCUAUUUUUUGAGUUAUUCCCCUUUAUCAUAUUUUCUUAAAAAAAUUUGUCCGGAGCAUAUCUUCUUCAUGCAUGGAGGGAUUUUGAUAUAUCUUGGCACAAAUGUUUACCACCACGAGGCGGAGUGUCAUACGCAAGAACCAGGUCCCUAGGUCUAAGGUCAAGGUCACACUUAGAGGUCAAAGGAUACAAGAAUAAAAACCUUGUCCGGAGCAUUUCUUCUUCAUGCAUUGAGGGAUUUUGAUAUAACUUGGCACAAAUGUUCACCACCACGAGACGGAGUGUCAUGCGCAAGAUCCAGGUCACUAGGCCUAAGGUCAAGGUCACACUUAGAGGCCAAAGGUCAGAUACAAGAAUGACUUUGUCGGAAGCAUUUCUUCUUCAUGCAUAGAGGGAUUUUGAUGUAACUUGGCACAAUUAUACACCAUCAUGAGACUAAGUGUCAUGCGCAGUUCCCUUCUUUAGAAUUACUUCCCUUUGUUGUUACUUAAAAUAGCUUUUAUUGUAACUUUUUCAUUACUAGUCGUAGGGAAAAAUCGAGACCACUUUUCUGUAGUACAACAAACAUGCUAAAUCCAAUUUUGAGGUGUAUUUUGACCAGUCUCUUCCUGAUGUUACUCUCCAGUUUUAGGUGUAUUUUAUUAAUUUUAUUAUAUAUAAGGUAUCUCUACCUAGUAAGGAGUUUUUUUGUGGACUUUAAAAAACAAAAGACUUACAAUGAUUACUAAACAACCACAAAAUUAACAUUCCAUUUGCAAAUACAGCUGCUAGAGUAAAGAAAUUUGCUUUGACGGGCAUAUAUUGUGACAUUCUGGCACUCUUGUUCCCUGUUAGCUUUCCAUUCCUUCUUUUUACAGUAGCCAUAUAGAAAAACAUCAUAGCUAUACUCUUCAUGAAAAUUAAUAAAAUUUAGCAGUAAACCACCUCACUACUGACUUAUUCUUUCUUCCACAUCUUAAAACCCCUGAUGCGGACCACAUCCUUCAAUUAUGAUAUGCCCGGUGGGGGGAUUAGCCAUGUCUGACAUGGCUCUUGUUUUUAUUUGGCAGAACCCUUUUUUGUUCUCUUACAAUAAUUUUUUUAUGAAUUACUUCCCUUUUUUAUUACUAAAAAUAGCUUAUUUUGAAACUUUUUUAUUAUUGGCCGUAGGGAAAAACCGAUACCACUUUUCUGUGGUAUAACAUGGAUGGUACAUUCAAUUUUUAGAUGUUUUUUGAAAUUACUUUACCUGGUAAGAAUUGGGGGGUUUUUUUGGACCUAGAAAUUGUUUUUUGAUUUCUUCUUUUUGUUGUUCCAGACCUUUUGACUUCAACAGUCAAGUUCUUUAAAUUUUGCUCUCAUCCUCUGAUGUAACCCUUCGGGCGUAUAUUGCCCCGCUUGGCGGCGCUCUUGUUUUCCAUAGUACUGUCUCUGUAACAGGGUUAGGUAAACACAUCAGUGAUUCUCUGAAUGUUAAUGACUUGUGUCUUCCGAUUGACUAGAAUGGAUGGAUUGCUAAUGGAACACUAAAACAGAGCACAAGGAAGCGUUUUGAUUGUUUAUUUUGUAUUUACACAACAUUUAUUUACAAACAUGUUUUGGAUUUUUUGUUUUGUGACUAUUUUAAUCAAAAUAUCAGAUAUGUUGCAAAUUGUCAUAUUUUCAUUUAGCUCACCUUAGCACAAAGUGUUAAGGUAAGCUGUUGUGACCGCCCUAUGCCUGUUGAUUUGUGGCACAAGUUUGUUUCAAUAGUUUAUUAUUAACACUUUAGUUUUCAUAGUUUAAGCAAAUUUUAAUGAAAUUUUGUCAGAAUGUAAGCGGAAAUAAAAGUUUGGAUAAUUGGGGCAUUGAGAUUUAAAACUAGGUCACUAGGUCAAAUCAUAGAAAAAAUGUUAAUACUGUUCGUCACACUCAGAAAACGUGGUUAUGUACCUUAAUGAAAUAUAGGUUAGAAUGUUUGUCUUUAACAGGCCAGGUUCAAAAGUGGGUCAUCUAUAGCCAAACUUAGAUCACCAGAUUAGAUCAUAAACAAACUGGGUUAACACUGUAGAGGUGAAAAUUUUACAUGAUUUACAGCCAAACUUAGCUCACCAGAUUAGAUCAUAAACAAACUGGGUUAACACUGUAGUGGUGAAAAUUUUACAUGAUUUACCUAAAACAUAGAAUAUUUGCCUUAAUGAAAUAAAAAUAGUGGACACUAGGUCAUCUGUGGUAAGCUCUAGGCCAGGUGAGCGAUGUAAGACAUUCAUUACCCUAUAGUAACAUCAAACUUCUUAUUUAUCUACGAUAUGUUGUCACAUUUUAGUUAUUCAAUCAUUUGAUUGUGUGUUUUAAGACUUAAUAGAUCUCAAUUGUUUUAAUGUCUGACAAUUUCAUUUUUAUACUGUAUAUAUAGCAUUUGUUUUGAUGUGCAUGAAGAUGAGAUCCACUGUGUUCCUUCAGUCAAUUUCACUUGACAAUAAAGUGAAUAAAAACAUA